AUGCCGUCGACUAUCAUCCAGGCGGGGAACACAUGGCAAGGCUUUAGCAAAAUCCAGCACUUGAUCAUAUUUGGCGAUUCUUACAGCAGCGUUCGGUGGGACUAUCAAUCUUCUCCCCAUCCGACGAUCAAGAGCCCACUUGGGGUUACCUAUCCUGGGUGCAAAUUGCGUUCACCUAAAUUGGUGUACGACUACGCCAGGGGAAGCGAUUUCGUGUCUUCUCUAGAGAGACAGAUCAUAUACCAGUACCUACCAAACGUCGCGAGGAAGCCAUCGUCGGCCCCAUGGGAACCGCAUGACACGCUCUUCAUAACGUGGAUUGGGAUCAACGACCUUGCCCUCAUCGAAGACACUGAUGGCGUGUUCAACACGCUGAAGGGUCUCUUCCGGUACCAAGAGAGACUAUACGCCUCAGGGGCUCGAAACUUUCUAUUGUUCGACCUCCCUCCAAUCCACCAAUCACCCUCAGUACGCGAGGAUACUGAUACCGUCAUGGAACAAUAUCAGACAUGGAACACGACGCUAGAGCAAGAGCUCCAGAACUGGGCUAGAACUCAUCCAGAUAUCACCGCCUUCCUCUUUUCCUCAUGGGACACAUUUUCGCGCGUGUUGAAUGACCCACACGCAUUUGGGUUUCUUUCCAGCGACAUCAGUGAAGCCGGAGGUGCGAUAUGGGUAGACCGCAUGCGUCCUACGAGUGCGAUGCAUCGGGUUAUCGCGGACGAUCUGGUUUCGUUUUUGGACGCUCAUUCACCGCAUGACCAACAAGAUUACUCGCCUAAUCGCCCUUGCUUCUCAGCAAGCAAUGCUGUAUGAGUGAAGAUGAGUUUGUGAAAAGCAUAGGACAGCGCGGGCGCUUGAUCGGCAGGAACUACUAGCAUUUUCGGAUCCACCGCGGGGCUACUACUGCCAGGUUAUAUAUAUUCAUGGGAACGUAUCUAGCAUGUAGUAAAAUUGUUACGCUUACUUACAGCGUUUCGAAAAGAUAGGUAUGUAGCAUUCAUGUGAAACAUGCACACGACGAGCCUGACUUUACUUGCGAU